AAGUCCUGAUAAGAGAUGGGUCUGUCACUAGAUGCCCUGAGAGCAGCGUGGCGCGACCGAACCUUCGCGGAGAACAGUCAGCGAGUUCUUUCGCUCUUCGAACACCUGUUGCUGAACACCAUGAGGGCCUGCGCUCUCUUAGCCGCCUGGAUCAUGCUAGACACCAUCCCUGCUGUUAUUUCAAGCUCAACCUUGCACCAACAUCCCUUUUCCAAUGGAAUCAUUCAAUUGAUUAUUGAAGCCUACACAGAAGAAAUGCUCCGAGAGAUGAAUUCCAUUCCAGAAUUUCAACUGACUGAGAUUCAACAUGCUCUUCUGAAACAAAGGAUGAAGUCUCUUUAUGAGCAUAUUCGGCAUCAUCCGGCUUUACAUCAAAGAUAUAUGUGGGUUGGGAAAGGACGUCCGGAUAUAGACCCUGAUAUCAACACUUCUUCACAACCGAUGAGACAAGGCCGUACCAGUUCUAAGCGGAAAAGAUAUCUGAGUGAGAAUUCCUCAGACCAGAGUCACGAAGUGAAGUCGAACCCUCAAAAGAAAGCCCAGAUGAGCUUUCCAUCCCAAGAGAUCUGCAAAACGGAUCGUCAGUGGAAACAAAUCAACAGUACCCACGACUUUUAUGGCAAUGAAGUCGAAGUGAUUCAAGACAGUGUUCAACAGUAUGUCUUCUCGUAUAGCUGUGUCGCAGAAACUGGACCAUGCAUUGGAAUAUCCCCUUUGUACGAAAGCGAAUGUACCGAAAGGUAUGGAUGGAUGUAUAUGUACUACAAAAGAGUGGAUGACCCAUAUCGAACUCCUCAAUGGGGCUUUGUGGCUGCACCUCAUCAUUGUGCUUGCAAAAUUACUCCGAAGUACAUUCCAGACUCAUGACUAAAAUGCGGAAGUAAAUGUCGUGAACUUCCAUUGCCAAAAUUGGUCGCCAUUCCACCAACUGAUUAGAGGACCAUUGUAAAGGAAACGGCUGAUAUGAAUGUAAUUUUAUUGUCAUUUCCAAUCGAUACUAUCAAAAAGUAUGAUCAUUUCAUUUUAGAUGUAUAUUGUAUUUUCAUUUCAAACAGCACUUUUUAUUUAAAAUGGUUCCGUACUUAAUAUAUAUAUUUAUUAUGUUCUUUUAAGUUAGGAAAAUGUUAUAUUUGAUCGUACCAAAUACGAUACUUAAAGAAAAUGUCAAAACUGUGUGUGGCUUUCAUAUUUCAUUAAAACAAAAUAUUAAAAUUAUGGGAUUAAUAAAACACUCCAUUUUCCGUUGUGUAAUUCUAAUUAAUAAUGAUCAGAAAAAAUAACAAAUAUGUAGAUAAUUAUAAUCCAAUUUUAAUUACGCUUUAGCACAUAUAAUAAAGGGCUCAUAGGAAUAAUAAAGUUAGGAAUGAUUUUGAAAAAGAUUUAAUAAUUCUGAUACAACAAAUAAAAUUCAUAAGUUUAUUUAUAAAUUUUUUACUCCACAAAUUUCUUGACAAUAAAGAGAUUGAUAAAUGCUAAUUUUAUUGAUUUAUUUAUAAUUCCUUCCGACAUGAGCAAAAAAGAGCCCAAAAGAAUAUUGUCAUGCACUUACAGUAUUUAUUUAUAAUAAAUAUUUAUACGAUUUCUCUGAUAGAGAUAACAAUGAUAAAGAUUAAUUCAAUUUAAUUUUUACGGUUCAAAUUUUCAAAUUGCAUUAAUAACAAAGAAAUGAAAGGCACAUUACAUCAAAAUUAUUUAAAAUAAAUAUAAUUUGAAUGAAAGUAAGAGAAUUUGAUACAUUUUCUCAAUCUUCAAUAUAAAAUAUAGAAGAAAAAUCUUACAAAACUAAUAUUUCAAAAUAAAAAACGCUACAAUUAUAAACCUAAAAUUCAUAAACAGAAAUAAUUGACAAAGUAAAAGCACGGUUUUGAACCAUUAUUUUCUUUUUCAGUACGUACACAUGGAAAAGACCUACAAAUGUUUUCUCUGAUACAUGGAAUCUCAGUCAACAGAAGUAAAACUAACACACUGGAAACUAAUACAAAAUCGUGAUUAAUUCUCUAAUAUCAACAACAACAACAAAAAAAAAAAAAAAAAAAAAAAAACACUACUCAUAACUACAAAUUCAAUUUAAAAUAAACAUGUACGCCGUACGGAAAUGGCUGAUACAAAUGCAGUCACAGAAUGGAAAAUAUUUUAUUCACAAAAACUGAAUAUCACAUUAGAUUUACUAUCGAAUAAAGUUUAAGCAUUUUCGCCAUUUGGCUCGGAGUUUCCAAGUGCGUGUGCCAAACCAUUCCACGAGUGUGCUGGUGCCCCCUCUACAGAUAAUAUACUGCAAUUCACCGUUACCUUUCGCUCUGCAGGUCAUCAAGUAUUAUGCCCCUAUUCAGUCCAUAUCAAAACAAAACGCCCAGCAAUAUAGUUACAUCUUCAGGAUAUUGUUCGACUUUCAGAAUAUCGAACAAUAUCGUGGAGAUAUACAAUAUUUUGUGCUUAUAGAGCUAUAGUCACAUAAAAUACUUUAUUCAGUAAUACACUUUUAUCAGUUGUCGUAAGUAAAGGAUCGUUACGUGCUCAUAUCUUUGGUUGCAGUUUCCUGUUCACUGCUGCACUUAGCCAAUCAAUGGCACACAGUCUGUCUUGAUGACACUUUUUCUCCUAGGUCGGUGUGCGGAUAGUUCGUUUCCACACAUCGAUACCGUAUGAAGACAGAUACCACCUCUUAAAACCUUUUCUUUCCACAAAAAUCAUAUUGUUUAUCGCUGACAGGAAUAAACAUUUUCCAUCGUUGCUGUUUAUGAAAAGAAUCACUCUCCUUAAUCGUCAACUGGUAAAACUUCGUUGAUAUUCCGCGAAAGAAUCACUCUCCUUAAUCGUCAACUGGUAAAACUUCGUUGAUAUUCCGCGUAGACCAUAACCCCUGGUGUCUAUUUUUCGGUGUUUCGCUGUCGUAUGAAUUUUGUUUACGGCGCUAGGUGAUUUGCGACACUCAUUUCAGUACGGUUCCCAGUAAAAAAUCCUGCUCAAAAAUAUAUGCGUUUUUUUUUUUUUUUUAAAUCUUAUUGUAGAUGAACUCACAUUUCACAAAGGAAAGUUUAUCUCCGUAAAAUCUUUGUUUAUCCAGCUUUAUCAAAUGAAAUGGAGUGUUUUAUAACCUGUGAUAGCGAUUCGAACAAUGAUGAUUUUAUUAAACGCAUACAUUUUUUAAGCCAUUUGUAGCUGAUCUUGGAAAAAUUAAAAGUGCAAAACUUUUACUUCAUUAUUCAGUUAUUUUAAAACUGCGCUUCUUCCUUUUCACGAUUAUUUAUAAUUCUGUUUCCUUAUAUUACAGACCUGCUUUUAUCCCUCUCUUCCUAGGAAGUCAUUAUUAAUAUAAAGAUUAUAUUAUUAUAACAAUAUUCACUUUUCUUUGUUACAAAAAUGCUUCUAAAAACUGAACACAUUGACUUGAACAUGUGUAGUUACGUUUAAAAUCUCACAUAUUUUUAAUUAAGUUUUGACAUACCAUUUACACAGAAAAUCUAGUCUUUAAAGAGUUCCAGAGUGUAUUUACUGAUUCUUAAUUUUAUACCUGUGAUUUUACAAUGUUUAUUUGUCUAACAAAAUGAUAUAAGGUGUCGUGAACUUCGUUCUUGUUCGUAAUCAGACGAAUCAAAGCAUAAUAGUGCUUUGCUAAAAUGUGUGUCUCCACUGAGAGCUUGUCUCUUUAAGUUAUUUAAACAUUUGUGCUUUUAUUUUAAAGAAGGUGGUAAGUGGUUGCAUUUAAAUAAAACAUUUCAUUUGUUACAAAAGUA